AUGUGCUACAAGGUCAGUGCUCAUCCAAGUUCGGCCGUGAACGGUCUGAUCUCACAGUUAGCUCUCUCUCCCUAACCUAGUGUACACUUUUUGAAGCUUGAUGUUAUAGUUUCAAGGUUCUAAUUUACAUAUCCUGGUCAACUGAUUCUUCGCCAGACAAAGAAUCACAAAGAUGAAGUCUAUAUUUGCUAUUGUUACCUUUCUCGCCGCCAUUUCUCUUACACACGAAACACAAAUCACAACGUACUAUUUCCCGAACUACUACUGCAAUCCAUCCCUUUGCCAAGGAAGUGGUCCACACGUGGCAUGCACUCCUCCGAAUCCCUUCGGGGCCAGCUGCUAUGGAAAGCAACCGCAGAUGGUGAUCAUGACGGCCGAACUUCGAGCACAAAUUCUAGACUACCAUAAUCGGCAACGGUCGCUGCUGGCCAGCGGAAAAUUGCCCGGAUAUUUACCGGCUGCCAAAAUGCCAACCCUGCAGUGGGAUCUGGAGCUUCAGUACCUCGCCGAAGCCAACGCAAGAUCUUGCGAAUAUGGUCACGACAAGUGCCGUAACACGAAUUGGAGCAAAUACGUUGGACAGAACAUCGGCGUUUUGCGGUUCUUCGGGUUGAAGAUCACCAAACAGGAAUCGAUGAAGUACUUCAUGGAUGCAUGGUUCAACGAAUAUGCGUAUGCUCACCCGUAUGUAGACAGCUAUCCAAAGCAUUACAAUGGGCCCCAGAUCGGUCACUUUACACAAAUUGUUAGCGAUCGGACGAUCAAAAUAGGAUGCGGUAUGGUUACCUACAACACGUAUAACGGAGACCUGUGGACGAACGACUAUUUUGUGUGCAAUUACUCAUUCACAAACAUAAUCGGACAGCCGGCUUACACUAAAGGAGCUGCCGCUUCACAAUGCUCUAAGGGGCCAAGCCUCACCUAUCCUGGUUUGUGCAACUGAUGAACGGAACCGUACACUGCUGUUUGCCAUUAAAAUACUCAUAAUCGAAA